AUGCAUAUAGCUGGCAAGAAUAGUCCGGUAGCUGAUUUUCUGUCACGCAUCGAAGCUAUCAGCAACGAAGACCUAGUUGACUUUGAUCAAUUAGCAGAAAGCCAGAAAACCGACAUUGAAACAAAUGGUUUUCUGUCUAAUAGUAAUAAAUCUGCACUUCAACUGAAAUGGAUACUCAUUCCAAAUUCAUCUAAGGAAAUUGCAUGUGAUGUAUCAUCAAAUCGUGUGCGUCCUUUUGUAACUGAACAAUGGCCAGCGGUAGUCCCUAUCGAGGAUAUACAUGCCAGCACGGUAGCCAUAGCGUUCACCAAUGGUUGGAUCAUACACUUUGGCGUUCCGAAGCAGAUCAUAACAGAUCAAGGAAGACAGUUCGAGUCAACACUGUUUAAUGAAUUAGAGAAACUCAUUGGUGCCAAACAUAUUCGAACUAGUCCACGUCAUCCUCAAGCAAAUGGUUUGAUUGAACGUUUUCAUCGGACUCUGAAAACUGCAAUGAAAUGUAAGCAUGAACAUCAAUGGUCUGAUGCAAUACCUUUGAUUGUGUUAGCGCUUCGAAAUAUCUUUAAAGACCUAAAAGUAACUACAUCAGAAAUGGUAUAUGGGACAACUUUGCGGUUGCCGAGCGAUUUCCUGGAACAAGGUAAUAAUGAUAAAAUCCCAGAACAUGAAUUCGUGGAAAACAUGAGACAGAUGAUGUCUCAAAUACGUUCAUUUCCUACAUCAAAUCACUUAAAUGAAAGGGUAUUCUUACAGAAGGAACUGCAACAUGCUACUCACGUGUUUUUGAGGGAUGAUAGUGUCCGCCCACCAUUAAAAACACCGUACGAUGGGCCAUUUAAGGUUGUGAGGCGUUCAGACAAGACGUAUGAUCUUCUAAUCAAAGGAAAACCGGUGCGGGUGAGUGUUGAUCGGGUAAAGGCAGCAUUUUUAUCAAGUGACAAUGAAGACGUAAGCCCAUCAUGUACAGAAAAUAUGGCAGAUACUCGAAUGGAUACCAAACCUAGUAAUGUAACACGAAAGGGACGAUUAGUGCAGGUUCCAAGAAGAUAUGUUAAAUUUGACUUAACAUGA